AUGGAUACUCUUCUUCCAAGCUCAAUACAAGAACAUGAAAAAUCAGAGAAGCAAAAUACUUUACAUAUUCAACAUCAAAAAGAUGUUGAUGCUGGUGCUCUCUUUGUCCUCAAAUCAAAAGGUUCAUGGGUACACUGUGGUUACCACUUAACAACAUCAAUUGUGGCAGCACCACUUCUAAGUCUUCCUUAUGCUUUCACCUUUCUUGGAUGGACUGCUGGAAUAUUUUUCUUAGUAAUUGCAGCUAUGGUCACUUUCUAUUCCUACAAUAUACUAUCUUUGGUUCUUGAACACCAAGCUAAGUUGGGUAAUCGUCAGCUUCGAUUUCGAGACAUGGCUCGUGACAUUUUAGGUCCUAAAUGGGGUCGAUAUUUUGUUGGGCCAAUUCAGUUUGCGGUUUGCUAUGGGGUUGUAAUUGCGUGUAUUCUUCUCGGGGGUCAAUGCAUGAAGGCAAUUUAUGUGUUGUCAAAUCCAAAUGGAUCUAUGAAGCUUUACGAAUUCGUCAUCAUAUUUGGUUGCUUCAUGUUGAUUUUAGCUCAAAUCCCAUCUUUUCAUUCAUUGAGACACGUGAAUCUUGUCUCUUUGGUUCUCUGCUUGCUCUAUAGUGCUUGUGCUGCUGCUGGUUCUAUAUACAUUGGAAACUCAUCAAAAGGACCAGAAAAGAAUUAUUCUUUGAAAGGUGAUACCGAAAAUCGAGUAUUCGGAGUCUUCAAUGCUCUUAGCAUUAUUGCAACUACCUAUGGAAAUGGGAUCAUUCCUGAAAUUCAGGCUACGUUAGCUCCACCAGUUAAAGGAAAGAUGUUCAAGGGACUGAGUGUGUGUUAUGCUAUAGUUAUUCUCACUUUCUUUACGGUUACUAUAUCUGGUUAUUGGGCGUUUGGCAAUGAAUCUCAAGGUCUUAUCUUAAGCAACUUUGUGGAUAAUGGGAGGCCAUUGUUGCCCAAAUGGUUUGUUUAUAUGAGCAAUAUUUUUACUAUAGCACAAUUAUCGGCGGUUGGCGCGGUGUACUUGCAACCUACAAAUGAAGUAUUAGAGCAAACAUUUGGAGAUCCAAAAAGUCCGGAGUUCUCGAGCCGCAAUGUUAUCCCUCGAGUGAUUUCUCGAUCAUUAGCCAUUACGAUCGCAACCAUUAUAGCAGCCAUGCUUCCAUUUUUUGGGGACAUAAACUCACUUAUUGGAGCUUUUGGAUUCAUGCCACUUGACUUUGUUUUACCUGUAAUAUUCUAUAACUUGACAUUUAAGCCAUCUAAGAGAAGUCUCAUUUUCUGGUUGAAUAUAAUAAUUGCUGUUGUUUUCUCUACAUUGGGAGCUAUAGCAGCAAUUGCAGCUGUUAGACAAAUAGUCCUUGAUGCCAAAAAUUAUAAGUUAUUUGCUAAUGUAUGA